AUGAACAACUCAACCACGGAGCUCGCAGAGCGAGCAGUAGCCAUUCGAGAACGACAAUUAGCUGCAAUAAUUAUAUUGACGAUAGCUUUGCCUGGCACCCUUUGUAACCUAUUGGUGGCACUGUUCUCCCGAACUCUCCCGACACUCAACAAUUCGUUUGGACGACUAACAGCCAGUCAAUCCACCGGUGAAACAAUCCUAUGUGCUUUGUUCGCGUUCUAUUACGUCCCCAUGGUCUACUUUGAUGUUGACGUUAUGAAAGAAAAUUCUAGUUAUGUUGGUACCAUUUUACUGAUCUGCUAUGAUAUUGUCAUCUUCUCUCACUUGAUCAUCUCCCUCAAUCGAAUGUCUGCCGUAUUUUUUUCAAUACAGUAUUCUCAACAUUUC